CAACAUAAAGGAAAUUCGACCACCACUGCGAAGCGAACCCUAACCACAAGCCCUGGUGGGUCUCUUGUUGCCUUUAGCAGCAGCUAGUCAGCCAGUCAGUCAGUCAGCUAUCACAUCACACGCCGUACGUACACGCAACGGGUUCACGUCGACACGGUCCACUCGCCUCGUUCCGUUCCGGGAUACAUCUAGAGAAGAUUCGGAGCAGAUUCUGUGUGUGUGUGUGUGUGUUUUAGUGGCCUUUUCGGGGCAUAACUUGCUACGGUGAAGUGAGCAAAUUCCGUUCCGAGCUACUUUUAGAAGCGCGGAUUAUUGUUUGAGGUUGGGGAACGAGUCAAGUGACCUCCUGCCAGGGAAGAAGACAUCGGGAGCAGUUCCCGAAAAUCUGGGUGCGGCGGUGUGAGAAGAAGAUUCUUUGGAGAGGUGCAAGUUUGGCUAUGUGGGAGAUCUGUUGAAGAGUUUCACCGAAGACGGGUUUUGUGUUACGGAAUAUGUGCGAUUGUGGUGCUCCCUGAUAGCAGCAUCAGCAGCUGAGGGGCUUCCGCCGAUAAUCGAAACGAAUCGAGGGGGGCGUUUUGUUGAGUUCUGGAAGUUCAGUGAAAUCCAUCCUCUGCCCUCUACGCUGUAGUGAUAAGCAAUUGAGCGUUCGUGUAAGGAAGAACCCCACUCUGAUUAGUAGUAGCAGCAGCAACGAGUCAAGGUUCCGAGCUUAGUCAUGGGGAAGUUGUUGAGCCUGCUGGCCCGCGAUGAGUCGACCUGCUGCACACCCAAGACGUACGACGUCUUUCUGGACUUUGAGAACGCUGCGCCGACCGACCUGGAGCGGGAAGUUUACGAAGAGGUCGAGCGUGUUCAGCGCGAGUCCGAGAUCGUCCUGGACGAGAUCCAGUGUUACAAGGGUGCCGGCAAAGAGAUUCGCGAAGCCAUCGCCGACCCCUCGCCGGAAUGUCAGGAAAAGGCUUGGAACAUUGUGAUACCCCUGGUCGAGAAGCUGAAACGCUGCUACGAGCACUCGAUGGAGCUGGAACGGAUAGUGCCGAUGCUGCUGGGGCAGCUCGUCGGUGGCCGCCUCAAUCCCACCCAGCACCUCGAGACCCAGCAAGCCCUCGUCAAACAGCUGGCGGAAAUUCUCGAGUUUGUGCUCAAGUUUGACGAAUACAAGAUGAAAACGCCCGCCAUCCAGAACGACUUCAGCUACUACCGGCGGAUCGCGAGCCGGCAGCGGCUGGACCAGAGCCACGACCUGAUCGUGAGCACCGAGCUGGCGAACCGGAUGUCGCUGUUUUACGCGCACGCGACACCGAUGCUGAAGGUGCUCAGCGAGGCCACCUCCAAGUUCGUGCAGGACAACUCGGACAACGUGGACAACACGACGGAAACGCUCGGCACGAUGGCCAAGGUGUGCCUGCGGAUGCUGGAGAACCCCAAACUCCUGGCCCAGAUCGAGCGCGAGGAGACGCACCUGCUGCUGCUGCGGGUCAUGGUCGGCCUCGUGAUACUGUACGACCACGUGCACCCGGUCGGUGCGUUCGCCCGGGGCGCCCACGUCGACGUGAAGGGGUGCGUCCGGUUACUGCAGGCCCAGCCCGCCGUCAAGGCCGAACCCCUGCUCAACGCGCUGCGGUACACGACGAAGCACCUGAACGAGGACAACACGCCCAAAAACAUCCGGAACCUGCUGGCGGCAUAAUCCGGCUCCGGUGACGACGAACCCGGUUUGGCUGUGUGUUGGUUUACUCUUUAUUAUAUUAUAAUUUUUGUAUUUAAAUUUGGAAAUGUUUUCUACUUUACUUUUCGUCUGUAUUUUCCUUUUCGUUUUUAGAACAUAACUAACUUAAAUCGAAUUAAUUCGUAAUAUUACCGAGUAAAGCUAAUUUAAUUGUAAUAAUAAAAAAAUUAAAACAAGUGAAAUGUUUACCUAGUUGAAGUAUAAUUUAAAUUAAAUGUAUAGCAGAUUGAAGCAUUGAAGAAAGAAUCAAAAGAAGAACCACUUCGGGAUUCUUCCAUUUAUAGAAGAAAUGUUUUGUUUUUCUUUCGCGAUCGUUUUCGGUAGGUAAGUAAAAUGGUUUAAAAUAAUUAAUACAUAUUUCAGCAACACAAAAAAAAACUAUAUUCAUAAUUUAGAUAAAACAAGCGAGAAUGUAAUGCAAAAUACAAUAAACUAAAUUUUAUGAAACGCGUGAAACAAAAUGAAUCAAAGAAAGGGUAAAAGAAUUAAAUGAAUCCAAAAGAAACAACACGACGCUAGAUUGUAAGGGGCAAGUAAAAACCUAUCAUACCUUUUUCAUCACAAACUGUUAUCGCCUAAAUAUUUAAAGUAAAGAAAAAAAAUAAUUGUUGUAUAGAACAAAUAUUUUGAGAUUAUAACGAAACAAAUAACACACACUCUUUCUCAAGUGUGACGCACACUAAUCAUUACCAAUCAAUUUACUAGAGAGAACAAAAAAACGAAUUCAAAGACUCGUUUUCCCUCAGUUUUCGUUCAAAAUCCAAGUUCAUUAGCGAGUAGACUCAAGAAAAAAAUUAAUCGCUCUCCAGCGACACUCAACAUCCUUAACACACGGAUUCGGUUGCAAACAUCAACUAAAAGAAACGAACAAAAAUCGAACAACCAAAAUGUGUUCCUCUUUUACACCGUGGCGCAAAAAAAACAUAAUGGCUCAUGCUUUCGGAGAAGUGAAAAAGAAACCAAAACCAGUGAUAGCAUUUCAGUUAACUUUUUAUCAGCGAGUGCUUCACUCGAACGUAUUAGGAGGAAACAAAAAUCGCAUUACUACUAACAUAGUGACUUGAGCGAGCAGAAUGAGAAAUCCUGAAGCAAGACAACACAGAAAGGUAGUGAAAUUUGAUGAAUGAAUCAGAGUGCGUGAUGAUAAUUCUGGGUAGAAUGAAACAAACACUACCGGGGAAAUUUAAAGAAAAUUACAACCCAUUAUUCUCUAUUACAAUAUUGUAUUCUAAUUACACAAAAAGGGGGGUGAACGAAAAAACAGAUCACGGAAAAUGAGACGAGCGAGUCGGAAACCGAAUCGAGAAAGCUUUUUGUGUACUCCUUGCGUUAUUUUUGCGAACUGAACAUAGAUUGCAUUAUGGUCAAUAAAUACCAAAGUCGAGAAUAAAAUUCAAACAAGUGAUGGAAGAUAGAAACAAAAA